AUGUCGACCACCACUUAUCUUCAGAUUGAAGAGCUUCAUCGCAAACCAUCUACCUUUCAUCGUAACAUUUUCUCUGAGACCACACCAAAAUCUCUUGUUACGACUACAGUGAAGGAGGAAGUUAUUACCCAGACGCCCUUGCAAGCAAAGCAAAGAGUGUUGCUUCUUAAAGCGGCCCGGGAACAAUACACUCUAGUUGAUGACCACCACGUUCCCUCCAUUUUACACCCAGGAGAGGUUCUUGUCAAGGUAUUGGCGAUCGGACUAAACCCAAUCGACUGGAAAGGACCUGCAUUCAAUUUUGGAAUUCCCAGUCUCCCAUGGAUCAACGGUCGUGACCUCGCAGGUCUUAUACUUCAAGUGCCCAACGAGUCCUCACGCCUCCGCGUAGGAGACAUCGUUCUGGUCCCAUCUACAGACUACCGAGAUAUCAGAAAAGCAGCUUUUCAAGAGUAUGCAAUCGCCACCGAUUUCAACGCCGCUCGCAUACCGUCAUCAACAUCUAUUCAUGCAUCUGCAUCUCUUGGAGUGGCCUUCGUCGCUGCUGCUCUAGCCUUAGGUGUUUCAUUUGGAUUGGACUUCUCUCGUCUCAUACAGUCGCCGGGUCCAAAUCUGGUGAAUGUCAUCAGCACACUUGACAAGAAAAACAUCCCAGUCGAUAUCCAAGAUGAAGUCUUUGCUACAAUUUCAGAAUCAGAUCGGCCUCAACCAGGUGACUGGGUUGCUAUCUGGGGAGCUUCCACAACAACUGGACUAGUCGCUCUUCAACUAGCAAAGCUCGCCGGACUGCGCGUAAUAUGCGUGGCAGAUGUGGCUCGACAUGGUGCUAAGCUACUACAAUCGGGUGCUGAUCUCCUUGUUGAUCGGCGUGACACAGGAAGAGCCGUGGAGAUUAUCCGUGGAGUGACGGGUGGUAAACUACGCUAUGCAAUUGAUAUUGUUGGCAAAGAGACAGCGACUCUACUUGAAAGAACUCUGGAUCCUUCAAAUAACGCGCAUCUACUAGGUCUUACUGGUCUACCGAAAGAGCGAGUUCCUGGGAUCACCUACCAUACUGUACCUAUCAAGCUCUUCCACACUGCACCAGCUGUGGGUGAGAGUUUAGUGAUCUGGCUGGAAAGUCUACUGCAAACGGGUGCUUUGACUUUGCCUGAAAUUAUUCGCGCAGAAGGUGGGCUAGAAGGCAUCAAUGCUGCAUUGGAUGUUCUUCGAAGUGGAGAAGCAUCUGGUAAGAGGAUUGUUGUUGAUUUAGAGUCUCACUCCUGA